CUUCUCUGGGUGUAAUCUGAAAUUGAUCCCCCUACUUGGAGGGCAGGGAGAGACCCAAGAAAGAGGCAGACCACUCCAGAUUGGUGGGUGGCAGGUUUAAUAAGCAAGGGAACUGACCUGAAGCUCACCUUGGGCAGCUGCAAGACGCAGAGAUCUCCACACCCACCCGCCAAGUCUUAAAAGUGUAUAUAGAGGCCUUAACUGGGUUCAGUCCAGGACCCAGUCCAGACAGACAUCACCACAUCGCUAUCUCAAGACUGUAUCCUUGGGGCUGCUUCUGGGAGCAGGGAAGGCAAGCAGAAUGCACAGUCCAAGGACAGGGGAUGGGUGAGGAACCUCCAAUUGCCCGGGUCCAGCUCAAGGGUCAACCUGCAGUCACUUCCUCUUGACGACCUCCUCCUACGGGUACCUCAUGGUCAUUCUGUGCUGGGUGGGAAAGUGAACCGUCACUGCCCAGGAAAAGGUGCCAAGCAUGCCACCCAGGGCUUGGCACCAGGAGCUCCAGCCCUCCGGGGGUGGGGGUGGGGGAACAAGGGCCUGGUCCCCUCAGGACUCCCCCUCCUGCCAGGGCCUUCGCAUUGGGGUAGGAGAGGCUGAGAAUCUUGAAUCACCCAAUAGCGAAGGGUGCUGGGGCGCUAUGCAAAUAACGGGCCUUUUGUUGGGCGACAGCUGGCUCUAGCCCUGCGUCCCGCCUCGGCCCUCUCUCGAAGAAAUGGCCAGACUUUUUUGCAAACGCCUUGAGGGGUGAAAUGGGCAGCUGGCUCUUGAAACUGACUUCGGAGCCGCAACUCAGGCCGCCAGUGGAAUUCUCUAAAAGAAGCGGGACAUAGAAAAGGGAAGGUGCAUAUGCCGGGCACUGUCUCGAUGAUCUCUAAGCGAAGUUUCCCCGUGUUAGGGCCUGCACGUGCUUGACUCCAGUCAGCCACCGUAGGCCCCACGAGCCGCUGAACAUUUUUCCCCCGUUCUUCGGCCCAUAGCUUGGCGCUUGCUCACCACCUUCCCUGCCUUGCGCACUCACCCCCUCCUUCCAUUCCUUCUCCCCUGCAGCAGCCUCCGCUGGCUGCGACAGCGCAUGCGUACUGACGCCCCCGCGGGCCCGGCGUGGGAGGAGGGGAUGGAAAUAAGGCUGGGCCUGGCAGCUCGCGCGCGCUCCCGCCCCUCCCCUCCCACCGCUGGGCGCGCGCCGGGCGGUGAAGCUCCGCCAGGUCCGAGGGCAGCGCCGCAGCUGCAGUGGCCGCCGCGGGAGGGGCUCGGAGCCCCGCCCCCGGGGAGGGGCCGCCCGCAGGUCUCCCGUCUAGCCCUCACGGCCCCAGCCUCAUGCCGGGGAUGAAACUUAGCGACAAGAAGGAAGCAGUUGACGCGGCGUCAGUGGACUGAGACCAACCCAAGAGCCGGGUACUCCAGCCCCAGCCCCAUCAGGCUGAUAAUCACCGGCGGCGUGGCCCCCUUCCCCGUCCUAGGCCCUCCUUCUAGGUUCCUGGGCCAGCAAGAUGCUGGAGCGAGAUGCAGAGUCCGCGGCCGGGGACACCGAUCCUCGUCCCGCUGGUAAGGAACCAGUGACCAAGAGAGGAGCUCCCCACCAGGGCCCGCCGCAGACGCCCAGCCAGUCGGUUCCAGGGCCCGCUCUGUCCGCGGGGGCGCCUUCCCGACCCCGCCGGCGGCCCCCGCCCCAGCGCCCGCACCGCUGCCCCGACUGUGACAAGGCCUUCUCGUACCCGUCCAAGCUGGCCACGCACCGGCUGGCACACGGCGGCGCCCGCCCGCACCCGUGCCCCGACUGCCCCAAGGCCUUCUCCUACCCCUCCAAGCUGGCGGCCCACCGCCUCACGCACAGCGGCGCACGCCCGCACCCGUGUCCGCACUGCCCGAAGGCCUUCGGCCACCGCUCCAAGCUGGCGGCCCACCUCUGGACCCACGCGCCCGCCCGCCCCUACCCGUGCCCCGACUGCCCCAAGUCCUUCUGCUACCCCUCCAAGCUGGCGACCCACCGCCACACGCACCAUGCCACCGACGCCCGCCCCUACCCUUGCCCGCACUGCCCCAAGGCUUUUUCAUUCCCUUCCAAACUGGCUGCCCAUCGCCUCUGUCACGACCCCCCCACCGCGCCGGGCAGCCAGCCCGCGGCCCGGCAUCACUGCUCCAGCUGCGGCCAGGCGUUUGGCCAAAAACGCCUCCUGCUCCUUCAUCAACGCAGCCACCCCGCGGCUGAGAGCCAGGGGGAGCCAGAGUGAGCCCUCCCCUGGGCUCCCUGGCCCCCGCUGCCGCCAGCCCCGUCAAUACAGAGGCGGUGUUUCUAAGCCAGGCUGUAUGGGCUUGCUGCUCCCAGACGGCUGGCUGGCAGGGAGGUUGGCCCCUCAUCCUGGGCUCAAGCUUAGAAGCUGGAGGAACUCUUUGCUCACCUGCUUGGGGGAGGGGAAGGCAUCACCCAGAGAGAGUUAGCACUGGGCCCCAAACCAUGAACCUGAAGGUAUGGUUUGGGAGCCCUGGCUCUGGUUUUCCCUUCUUAUGGCAAAGGUAAAAAGACGGCCCCUACAGCGGGCUCGUGAGGAGGGUGGGGAACAGGCCCUCUCCACAUUGUUGUGAGCUUAAAUGAGCGCCUCCACUCUGGCCAUUUGCCUGUAUCUAUAAAAAAUUGAAAAUGCACAUAUGCUCAUGACAGCUCUUCCACUUCCAAGAAUUGAUCCUGUAGAUAAACUCGAGUACAUGAAACAGGCACGAGAGGCAGGAUGUUCACUGCAGCGGGAUGGUUGGGGCCAAUGAUGGGAACCAACCAGGUGCCCAUAGAUAGGGGAGUGGCUGAUGAAUCAGAACACAGCCACAGAAUGGAGUAUGUAGCUGGAGGGAAAAAAGGCAGCUCUGUAUGUACUCAUGGAAAGAUUCACGAGAUAUACUAAAGGAUAAAAGCAAGAACAAAUGUGGUACUACCGAUAGUAUGAAAACAUUGUAAAGCCCAAGCUUUGGAGGCGGUCCUGACCCACUACUUAGGAACAGAGGGGCUUGGACAAGCUGUCACUUCUCUGGCCCCAGAGGCCUUAUCUAUAAAAUGGGAGUGUUGAAGGCCUCCAUUAGGGCACAAGCCCCCUCUCGGGCAAAGUCAGCUCUCCUCUUGGAGCCUGUUUCUCCUGCUAUGAAAUAAGGAUGGUCAAGCUAACAGUGGACUGCUCAUCAUUCUCCAGACACGAAUUAAGCACCUACUGUGUGCUGGGCCCUGCACAGGGCAUCAGGAACGCAGCAGUGAACAAGACAGACCUGGUCUAGGGAAGGAAGUGGACACGAAUCAAGUAGAGGCAAAAAAAUAAGUAAGGAAGUCAAGUCUGUUUUGAAGAAUAAGGGGGGCCUUGCCCCCCGCCCCCCACCAGACACCAAGAAUUAUUACAAAGCUGUAGUGAUGACACCUGUGGUUUUGACUUGGGGACAGGCCAGUGGAAGAGAUCUGAGAGCUCAGAAACAGACCUGUGCUUAUAGGAGGUCCUGACAUGUGACAGUCCCCAUGUGUAGAUCAGAGAUUGGCAAACAACUUCUGUAAAGGGCCAGACAGUAUAUAUUUUUACGUUUUGCAGGCCACACUGUGUCUGCUACAACUACCCAACUCUGCCAUUGUAGCACGAAAGCAGCCGUACACAUUGAUACAUAAAUGAAUGAGUGUGGCGGUGUUCCAAUAAAACUUUAUUUACAAAAACAGUAGGUGGCCUGGAUUUUGCCUCUGGGCUAUAGUCUGCCGACCCCUGCUGUAGACGAGUGGGGAAUGGAUAGGCUGAUCUGUGAGUGAGCUGAGAGAUAUGGAAAAAAUUAAAUGGGACCCUGUGGUAGGCAGAAUAAUGGUCCCCCACAGAUAUCCACAUCCUAACCCCCAGAACCUGUAUGUUAGCUUCCACAUGGCAGAAAGAACUUUGUAGAUGUGAUUAAGGGUCUUAUCUUGAGAGGAGAUUGUUCUGAUUGUUCGAGUGGGCCCAAUGUCAUCACAAGGGUCUUCAUACUGGGAAGAGGAAAGUGAAAGAGUCAGAGGAGAUGUGACAAUGGAAGCAGAGAUUGGAGUGCUGCAGGGCCAAGAGUCAAGGAAGGGCAGUCUCUCGAGAUUAGAAAAGGCUAGGAAAUGGAUUCUCCUCUGGAGCCCCCAAAAGAAACACAGCCCUGCUAAUAACACCAUGAUUUUAGCCCACAAAGACUGAUUUUGGACUGCUGACCUCCAGAACAAAAGAAAAUAAAGUCAUAUUGUUUAAAGCCAC